AUGUUCUUUUUCGGAAACAAUUCUCCUCCGUGCGCAGGACGCAAUUCAGAUUUUUCACCCGGCACAACCCAUUCCUCCGAAUGGGACAUUCUUGCAACUUUUGCGACAGGCGAGGCGCCAGAUUUGUCGUUUUAUCUAUGGAUAGCAAAGCAACCAGAAUUUCAGAAAAGAUGUACCAAAGAAAGCGCAAGGAACCUACUCAAAUGCAUAGCAAAUUUGGUGGACCACAGUGAAGCAAACAGAGUCAAGGUUUUCUCUGCUUUUCAAACCGACAAAUUACUUUAUGUUGAAAUGUCUGGUAAAAUGUGUUUUGCAUCUCCUAGUCAGUGUGUAUGGAGAGGACCGCAACAACUUCGCAAUAAGGCAAUCCUUCAGCCGAUGUAUGAUCAGGAGCCAAGCGUGAGUCGCCUGAUCAACACUGUCCUCAAAAUCGAAGAUACCUCGAUCGAAAUGGUUCUUGAGGAUUUAAAACAUGACCCAUCAGAAUUUCAUGUAGACCAAUCCGUCAGAUAUAUAACGCGUCAAUUACAUUCUCGUAAUGACCGGAAGACAUUGGAGCUCGUUCGAGACGCUUUCAGGACGAACAAUUAUAGUUUUCUUCUCCUUCCUUCAGGUGUUCCUUUUACUCAGUGUGUCUGGGGCGGGGUUAAUCUUCCCAACAAAAUCAACCUUGAGAGUUUCUAUCGAAACGACAAGGAAAUGCAAGAAUUUUGCUGCGAUUUCCUGGGUAUCGGUCCCCCAACCUUUGAUGAUUAUGCGGAUGUGUUAAAUCUUUUUCCUCGUUCUUUUGGUAUUUGGGGUGAAUCGAUUUACUCAUACAUCUCUGAGAAUUUCACAAGCUCGGAAAUUCGGGAUCGAUUCGAACGAGAUGUAUUGGUACACACUUGGGACCGCUCUCGUCGCCUACAUUCAAAGAAAAAGCCAUCAGACUGUGUGUGGACCGCACCUGACUUUCUCAUUUGCAAACAACCCAUUGCUUCACUGUACAAGCACGCCAAGGAUUCUGUUAUAGACUUGUUACAAAACACACUCGUCAUUAAAGAUGCCACCGUCGAUGAUUAUAUGGCUGAUUUAAGAAUUCUCAAAAGCCGCGACCGAAUUGUUGAUGUCGAUUUGAGAUCAUGGUACAAAGCUAUUGAAAAAGAGAUCGAGCAAAAGGAGCAACAAGCCGCAACUGAGCAGGUUCAAGGAGAAAGUGAAGCAAAGAAAAUAAAAUUUCUAUAUCGGGGCGUCAAACUUAACAUCGGCGAGUACAAGAACCAAAUCAGACAAACUUUUGAGAAAGAGAACUUAAUUUACGAUCAAAAUCAUGAACCACCGCGUUGGGUUACGUUGAAGGAUUGUGUAUGGGGUGGCGGAGAAUGUCUAAAAUGGAGUACUGACCUGGCCGACCAUUACUCAUCACUUGGAAACCUUUUCAAGAACUACCUCGGUGUCACAAUUACCACACCGGAAAUCAUCAUCACUAAACUUCUCUCUCUCAUUUCGGACUUCGAUAGCCAGGAAAGGUCGACCAACAAAGUUUCCGAGUCAUUGGCGCGCACAGUCAUUGAAUGCCUUCUAGCUAUUAACAACAAGGGCUAUACCUCAUCGCCUUUGAUACGAGAAGCUCUUCGAACUGAGAAGCUCUGGCCCUAUCACUCCUCAUUAAGCUUAAGUUAUGAACUCAACUUCGGUCGCCUGACGGACAAUAUUAUCAUUCCAGACAAUGAGGAGUAUUUGGCUUUAUUUCGAGAGAAAGCCUUAAUUCUCUACUUGACGCCUAAAGAGGUGCGAUCGAUGCGCUCACUUUUUCUAAUGCUUGAUCUCAAACACAAUUUUCUCUCCAGUCGCAUAAACUCUACAAGUAGUUUGGAUGGUGCGUCACUGCCUUCUGCAAGUUUGUCUCGCUACAUAGCUCAAAGGGCAGAGGCCUUAUUCUGCUGCCAUGAACACUUCAACAAACAUCCCAACCCAACACCCGACUUAGAUUUACUUCAAUCGCUCAAACAAAUUCAAGUAUUCCGUGUCUUUGAGAUCUUCACAACAUACACACUCGAAGCAUAUGGAACAGAGAUAUCGGUGAAGACUAAUAACAGUAUGCGUUUAGAUGAGACGACCACGGGCAAGCUUGAGCUUCUUGUCCCACAUGAUGAAGACGCCCGAAAAGAGAUAUUUGUUUUACGCUUUACGAAGGAAUUGAUUGCUUUUUUGAGAUUACCAGAGGCCAAAUCGUGGCAGACUAUCAUGGCAGUUAUGACUUUAGCUCCCGAAAAGGCAAAAUCAUUUUUACACCAACAAGAUAUCUCAACUAAGGAUGUCGUCUUUCCUUUUGAUUCAUCUGAUUUCAAAGAGAAUCAGUGCAAUCUGGAUGGCAAUGAGCUGCAUACAACGUUUGGAAGAUUGGACUUGAAGCCGAAAGAAGCCGAAAGUAAUUCGAAAACUGGCCAGACACUGUCUGCAUCACGUGCAGACAUUCAUCGAAGCGUAUCGCCCACUUUCAAAACUUCUGAGAGUAAGAAUAAGUCGCGCGAUAUAACUGAUCUUAAUCCACGAAAACUACAAAUUCCGCGCAAUGCUGUCGAGAGGUCAAAGCCAAGCCCCCACCCGACAGUCCCCAGUUCUGAUAGUUUCAAUUUCGCUAUCGCUUCCAACGGAAGAAAACAACAGAAUUCAGACAAGGACCAAAUCAAUUCUGAAAGAAGAUUUGUUCUCUAUAGCUCUCUCGAGAAGGGAGAAGCUCGAGUGCAUGAAGAGGUGUGGUCGAGCGGUUCUGAAACGCUCGUAGCGUUUUAG